AUGGGGCGUGACAUUUCUUUCGGGGCCAAAGAGCUUCGUGUCAGGAAGCUUCCAAAGCAGAAGGUCCUGCAAUGUAUGAUAUUUUGUGUCGCACGCCACCGCACCUACUGGUUGGCAGGUCAUAUUGAACAUCGCAGCAGCAGCCAGAACUGGCAGGUGCGACAUUUCUUCCGUGGUUACAACUUCACAGAAGAGGUUGCAGACCGUUUCUUCGAGUACUUGGACAAGGAGAAGAGGGGCAUGCUUGACUAUGCGAAGUUUGUGAACUUCAUUCGGCCGUUCCUGGAGGGCGCGAUCAACGGCACACCCUUGACUGCGCGAGAUCUCACCAGCUGCCGCGGCGCGCCAGAUUCGGUCCUGGAGGACAUGCUGGAGGCUUUUGCAACGGAAUUCACAAAGGUUUUGAACCGGUUGGAAGUGCCAUUCGAGAUGACUGGCUCGCACAAGAAGCGUGCACCAUGCGGGCCAAAGCCCACAGCUUUGCGUCCAGUCCGUGCCCGAAAGCUCCGGGGUCCGAAUGCGGAGGAGGAGCGUGCGAAGACGUUCGUCCAGGACCUGAUCGACGGCGCGUUGGCAGAGGAAGUGGAUGUUGCCGGCGAAGACGUGACGUACUGCGACGAGUCGGAUGAGGACACCGAGGACGAGGUCGUCAGCCUCUCGGCUCCGAGCGAUGACGAAGAGGAUGAGGAGGAUGAGAGUUUAGGCUUGGCCAGUGUGGUGGCACAGCGUGUCUUCCAUGAAGCCUUCCUCCCGGACAUGCAGAUGCAGGAUUCUGCGGAGGAUGUUGAUGACGAUUUCGAGGACGAGUUUGUGGAAGUGGAAGAGGUCGGCGACGAGUUUGUCAUGCAGCAGGGCAUGGAGCACCUCUGUGCAAAGCUUGGCGGGGAAUUGCUCAGCACCACCGUCGAGGCUGCGUGCAGAGGCACGCUUCAUGAGACCCUGGCUGAGGGUCGGAAGAAGCCUGAGAUUGACAUCCAAGCCAUCGAAGCCCUUGGCCAGCAGGCCCGGCCCACGCUGGUUCGUGCUGCCCAAGACGGCAGUCUUGGGAAGGCGCUUCAGGAAGCUCAGGUGGAAACUCUCCGAGUUGAGACUCGAGACUGUCUGUUGGCAGCUGCCCGGGAUGGCCGCCUUGCUGCUGCCUUGCAGCGUAAGAUGGCCACGGAGGACAGCGAAGAGGUCAGUGAGCAGGCCACGGCCAACACACCAGUGGAUGUGCCCCGAAAGCCUGAACCGCUUGAACAAGAUGUCAAGGAGAAGCCAACCAGCACUCAUGCCAUGCCAGAUUUGCCGUUCUACUUGUGCCCCUCCGUUGGGACGUGGCUCAAUCCCUUGGCGUUCCCGGUCCAAGUGCCCACAAAGCCUGAACCGGUUGAACAAGAUGUCAAGGAGAAGCCGGCCAGUACUCAUGCCAUGCCGGAUCUGCCGUUCUACUUGUGCCCCUCCGUUGGGACGUGGCUCAAUCCUUUGGCGUUCCCGGUCCAAGUGCCUACAAAGCCUGAACCGGUUGAACAACUUAGCAUGGGUGCGAUGCCAGAUCUUCGGGCGGCAUGCCGCGCAAAGCGACGCAUCAUCGGAGCUGUUGUUCGUGUGCCAGCAGAGUCCGUGCCAGAGGAUUCCACAACAUCUGCCACUUCAUUCAAGUUCAAUCGUCCUUGGGUGAUGGCCGGCUCUCCAGCAGCAGGCCUGCGUUUCAAGGGGCCCACCCGGAAGGAGCCCGAUGCGAGUCGAGAGGGUCCAGGAAAGUCCAGCAUCGCGGCCAUGUUUGAAGCCAUGGGCAGUACCGAACUCUACCGCACAGACGAGAAGUUCCCGGACGGCAAGCUGAACAUGCCUGGCAUGUUGAAAUCAGCGUCUGCUGGUUCUGUGUCGGCAUUUGCCUUGGACCUGGGCACCACAGUGAGCUCACAGAAACUCCUCGCCACGCCCUUAACAGCUGCUCGCUGCUCGUCAGUUGGUGCUUUGCGCUCCCUAAAGGCAGAAAAGGCAGUGAAGCAUGGCGGCACGCUUCCUUUCCUUCAAAAGUCUGGCAACCGUCUUCCACACGUAACGUCGAAGAAGAUGCAGGCGUGGUGCUCCGCUACACCCACGAUGGACGGCGUGUUUCCGGGUGCCGGAUACACUUGUCAUGCGCAAAAAGACGGCGGCCCUAGUGUACGAAAUGGUCCGCAGGUCACCGACGAGCGCCAGGACCGGUUGCACGAGUUCGACGGAAAGUUUCAGGAGUCGCUGCGCAUCCUCACCAGCAAGGCACUGGAUCGAUUUGGCAGCCUUGCAAACGCCUUUCGCUUCGUGGACCUGGACAGAAACUGCAACAUGACCAGGAACGAAACGGAAUACCUCUUCCGCCUUUGCAACUUGCCAGCCGAAUUGGCUGUGAAGUUCCACGAUGCAGUCGACACGAACGGGUCGGGCGAGAUCUCACUGCAGGAGUUUCACGCUGCCCUGGCGCCUUAUCUCAGUGAUGAGGACCAGAAGCGGCAGCAGCUCAAGAAAAAGAAGAGAUCCUCUCUGUCUGUUCGUUUCACAUACCUCCAGUGCCCUGAAUCCAUGGCCGGCGUCGUAAACAGUUGCCGCCGCGCUUUGCAUGGUGACCCGGUGCCGCCCCUGCCGGCGCAGCAGGUGAUUCAUCUCGGCGGGGCCUCGUCGCCGGGUUCUCGCAUGCGCACCGUCCCUCAGGAAAGUCCUGGGAUUCUAGGUUGCCGCCCUGCCGCUCGGGCUCCGCAGCAGACUCGUGGGGUUCAAAUUGCUGCUCCUUUGGUUUUUCCGGGCCGGUGCUCCACGAGUUCGAGCAUCGAGAUGCUGGCGAUCUCUGCAGUGCAGCUGCCGCCCCAAUGGAUGGAGAAGCGGGAUUCUGUUACCUUCUUCGCCGUGGACGUGAUCUCAGAGAGUGGCGCUUCCUGGAGGGUCAUGCGACGGUACACCGACUUCCUGGAGCUCAAGGACCAGCUUGGCCAUGUCAGCUCCUCCUUCCCGGCAGCACGCUUCCCCAAGAAGCAUUGCUUUAGCUGCGAGGGACAGAAGCUGGAGGCGCGACGAGAGGCUUUGGAGCUCUGGCUGCGCCGUGCCACGGAGCACCCGCGCAGCAGCGCCGAGUGGCUGGGACCUCUUCGUCGUUUCCUGGAGUCCGGCCGAAAGUUCAUUACCACAGAAUCAAGCGCAUCGGCACCUGCGGCCAACAACGAUCAGAUGGAGGACGACACAUUGUUGGAGGUACUGGUGCCGCCCGGUGUUCGAGGAGGCCAGCUUCUCACUGUCUCGAUGCCAGAUGGAAAUAUGAAAACCAUCACCUUGCCCAAGGACGCCGUGUGUGGCUCGCAGCUGAACUUUCGCUACAGCUACUCAAGACGAACUCUUUCACCGGCCGACUACCUGCUGAAGCCCUACACUCCCGAGCAUGCCGAUGAGGACCUGAGAUCUGCAAGCAAACGAGCGGCAAGCAAGGAGUGGAACAAACACGUGGACUUUGAGCUCAGGAACGAGCUGAGAAGGCUCAUGCAGGACGUGGGCGACAAGUUGCUCCUCAAGUUUAAGCAUGUCCGAGAUGCCUUUAAGCCACUGAACUUGCAGAGGCUGGGGAAGAUCACGCGCGAGGAGAUGCACAACUUCUUCCGGGGAUUUGGCCACCCUGAGGAGGUGGCGGACAGAAUAUUCGACCUUCUGGACCAGGAAGGGAAGGGGGAGAUCGAGUACUCUGUGUUCAUGUCCCACUUCGAGUCCGUGCUCGGGCGGGACUUCCGGAAUUUCUCAGAGCAGCCCCCGAUCUAUUUGGAGGAUCCCAUCAAGUGUAAGGAGGUCAACGAAACCGCGGACAGCCUGAAGCUGCCGCCUAAGAGAAGCUUCACCACACGUCUUAAAGAAGCGGUGUGCAGAAUGUGUGUGUGUGUAACAUAUCUAUAUGAAUAUAUAUAUAUACAUACAUAUACAUACACAUACACAUACACAUACACAUACACAUAUACAUGCACAUGCACAUGCACAUGCACAUGCACAUGCACAUGCACAUGCACAUGCACAUGCACAUGCACAUGCACAUGUACAUGUAUAUGUAUAUGUAUAUGUAUAUGUAUAUGUGUAUGUAUGUACGUACGUAUGUAUGUAUGUACACAUAUGUAA